CGGCGAGGGCCAUUAAUUAUAAGAGACAGGCAGACAGACAGCUAGCCAGCUCACCAGACAGACGGACAGACAGACAGUACCGCAGAGAGCGCAGACAGGCCUGACAGGAGCAGGCCCGACAAAUACAAAGCGAGAGGAGGAAGAGCAGCAGCACGCGCGGCCAAGAAAAAUAAUCCUCCCCCUGUAGCGAGUACAGCUCUGUGCGCCGCCCCGCUUCUCCUGCUGCCAGAGAGGACUAUGAGUAAAUACAUUCAGGCAUAAUAACCCUUUGUCAUAAGAGAAAGAAACGCCAUUUGCGACGGAGAUAAAUAAUUGAAAAAAAUGCGGCUGUCCGACUGCGCAUCCCUGGGAGUGAAUAGUGAAAUGCUGCGCCAGUGUCCCGGCUGAGAGACGGAGCCGAUCUGACCCAACAUAUGCUCCCGAGCUUUUCCCCCCUCCUGACAUUAUACACACAAUAUCGCUGCUAGAAUCAUCCUUUCCAACAUGUGUGCAGGGAGACAGAAUAAAAGUUGUGUGUUGGCCAAUGUGCACCUCCGUCGGUCCCAUCCUGCAGAAGCAUGUCCCGUCGGAAACAGAAACGACCCCAGCAGCUUAUGAGCCUGACCCUCGGUGCCUGUCGGAUACUUGAGCAUGUGCUAAACCAUAUCAGGAAUGCGACCUCAGAGUGUUUAAGGUCAAGUCUGCCAGCCAAUCAGGCACCCACUACAGUGUCCAGUAUCCAGCCAGGACCUAACCCUCAGCACCCCUAUGGGCUACAUGGGGGGAAGGGCUCUUAAGGAGAUGAAAGAAAGACAGAUUGAAUGGAAGAAGAAAGAAAAAGAGAGGCAGGGAUGGAAGAGUGUCUCAAUGACAACUUGGCAGUGAAGUCAUACCCCUCUCCACUUAUCCUGGAUUCUCCCUCGUGCUCUCCAACCUCCUCUCUUCAAAGCUCCCAGUUGCACCUUGCACUUCAUUCAUCUCUCAAGAGCUCUCAGACCCCCUCUCUACCCACUGACGGUCCACUGCCAUCCUGCUCAAUCAGCCAGCCCUCCCACCAGCCCCUUAAAGACCCACAGCCCUCCCUCCCAGCUAAAUUCCCGUACUCCACUCUCCUUUCCAACACUAAGCAUCCCCUUGCCCUUCAACUGUCUGACUGCAAUUCUACGUCAUCUUCAAGUACCCUAAUCUACUCCUCUAGAGGUGCAGACAUGGCCUCUCCUAAGCUGGGACUGUCAGCGACCACUACCACCUCUUCUUCUUCCUCAUCGUCUUCUGCCUCCUUGUGUCCUCCACCACAUCCUGGAAGCCCCAGCCGUGUGCCUGAGGGCCCUCCAAGUCCUGUUACCCCAACUCCCAGCCCAGGUGUGGCAGCUUCCUCAUCUGCACCCUCAAGGGCUCAACUGAGCAUUGCCCUAAUCCUGGAGGAGCUGCGAGUGCUGCAGCAAAGGCAGAUCCACCAGAUGCAGAUAACUGAGGAGAUCUGUAGACAAGUGCUACGCCUUGGUGGAGCCUCCUAUUCCAUAGACACACCCAACCAGCAUCUCCUCCCCUCCUUGCCUCAGCUCUGUCUUGAGGGCAGCAAAAGAGCAGCUAGCCCAACUUCUGAGCCAACUGCAACUCAGCCUUCCACAUCUGUAGCUCCUCUACUGGCAUGUUUCUCCUCCCUUUUGCCUUCUCAAGUAGCAAACAAACCAACAAAGCCUAGCAGUUCAUUAUCCCAAAUCCUGCAGCCCCACAAGCCACAGAUGGAAGGGACAGUAGGGGCUGCAGGGGUUCACAGUUAUCUGAGGGGGAGUUCUCGGUCAGCAGCUUCCUCCACCUCCUCCUCUGCUGCCAUUUCCAUGGCUUCCUCCAACUGUCCACUACCCCUGUCUUUAGCUCUGCCCAACCGCUAUCUUCAUGAGAAAUCCUCAAAUACCUCUGCACCCAGUGGGCAAAGUGGCAUGUCGUUCCUAAACUCAUCCCUCUCUGCUUCAGUCCCAAUGGUCCCAAACUCCCAGCAAAGUUUGCAGGCUCUCUCUGGAGUGACAGACUCCUCUGCAUCCAGCUCUACCACUCCUGGUCGCCUCCAUCACGGCUGUCGCUUUUGUGGUAAAACUUUCAGCAGUGACUCUUCCCUACAGAUACAUCUUCGCUCACACACAGGGGAACGACCCUACCAGUGUCCCGUGUGUCUCAGCCGCUUCACCACACGUGGGAAUCUCAAGGUUCACUUCCUACGCCAUCGUGAGCAAAACCCAGAGCUCUCACUGUCACUCCUGCCACCUUCUCUGUUUGGGGUAGCAUUAGGGACCAAUAGAGUAUCAGAUAUGGGACAGGCAAUGAGCGCUGCAAGCAGUGCUGGUGGUAUGAAUAUGAUACAGAAGAAGCCAAAAAGGCCUGAGGAUGAAACAUGCGGGGAUCAUUUGGAAGUUAGUGGUAACAAUGCUGGAUUUUCUCUGGAGACCUCUGGAGGAUCCACCCCUUCUACCCUACCCCUACCCCCGAGCGUGGAUCUGGCUCUGAUUUCCCACUCUCUCCUACAGCUCAAUAGGGCUGCAGCUGUAGCAGCUGCAGCUUCUAUCACUUCGGGCUCAACCCAGUCGUCCUCUUCUUCAGCCUCCACCUCCUCACUGGCUUCUUCCCUCCUCUCAAACCCUUCUUUGGCUUCGUCUUCCACCAUUGCGGGGUUAUUCAAGGGCACAAAGCAACACUUUGAUGAGAACACUCCCCCUCAGGCCCCAAUGCUUUCACCUGCAGCUUACUCUCAGAUAGCUAACCUGCCCAAGCUUCUCUUCCCAUCUGUCUCAACUUCUUCCUCUACCCCUGCUGCUCAUACAUCCCUCUACAACCAUCCAGCCUUGGGCUUGCUUCGCAACCCCCUACCUAAUACCCCAGGCGCUCACCAACUUGCUUCCUCCAGCCAUUCUCAGCUUUCAUUCCCUUUCUCUUCCUUCCCUAAAGUCCAGGGUUCACCUGGUACCACUCCCUCUUCAAUGUCUUCUUCCCUGGCUAGCUCCACUCCUACAUCUGAAACCUCAAAGCUGCAGAGGCUGGUGGAGAAGCUAGAGAAGGUGCCUUCCUGCUCCUCUUCACCCUGGGCUUCCGCUACUUCCUCCUCCAUGCUGGAGAUGUUAUCUGGCAGUAACACUACCUCUUUAGCAAGUUCAGCCAAUAGUGGUUUCACAAAUGCCAGCACUUCAACAACAUAUGUCAUGGCAUCCCCACCAUCUUCAACUCUGGUCUCCACUUCUGUUUCAAACUUCACUCGUGAGAUGGUUGCUGCCCUGGGUAUGAGUGCCAAUGGCAGAAGUGCCAUGGCAGGGGGCUUACCACCAUCACUCAGCAUCGCAGGACUAGCUGGUAACAUGGCAAACAAUCAAUGUGGGGUGUGUCUACGGGUGCUGAGCUGUCCCAGAGCGUUGCGCCUGCACCAGGCUACUCACCUUGGAGAACGCCCUUUCCCGUGUAAAAUAUGUGGCAGAUCCUUCUCAACCAAAGGCAGUCUGCGGUCACAUGUGGCUACACAUCAUGCCCGACCACCAAAUGCACGUGUCCAGAACUCUUGCCCACUGUGCCAGCGCAAGUUCACAAAUGCCCUUGUGCUCCAGCACCAUAUUCGUAUGCACCUUGGGGGGCAAUUGCCCACAGAUAUCACAGAAGAUUCUGUGCAUGAUAUGCCAGCUGAAUCCAAUGCCAAAACCUUGUCACAAUCACAAUCCCAGUCCACAGAUCCAAACACUGCUUCUAGUAAAACGCCCCCUCUGGCAGGCCUCCCUAAGAGCCCAGCCCCAAGCUCACAAUUUCAAACUCCAGCAGUUGGCCCUGUCCCUGUCUCUAGUGGCAUAAAAUCAGCUGAGUCAACCAAAAGUCCCAGCAAGUCUGGGUCCCCAAGCCCUGAUCUAAUUCCCCCCUCUGACCUAAGCCCUGAUCCCUUCAUGAGUACUACAACACAAACUCCUCCACCAGGCAGUGUGGACCCCCCUAUUCUUUGUGUCAGUGCCCCCUUGCUUGCCCCCCAGGAGAUGGAUCAAGCCUCCCCAGUUGGCAAAGAUAACCAAGUUGAACAACAAGCCAAUGCUUCCAUUUUUAACAAAACCACAGUAUCUUCUAAUCCCAUGGAAGAGGAUUGUGGAGAGGGUGAGGUGCCCACCUCCUCCCCCCUUGAUUCCAAACCUAACCUUGAGGACUUACAAAGCACACCUGGCCUUGAUGCCCAAUUUGCUUAUUCUUCUCCUGGCACUUCCUCCAUCUCACUUCAAAAAGAUGCUCUCAAUGUUGAUUUAUCCCCAACCUUAGAAUCAGAGUCAGUACCCCCAAUGCCCCAAUCAUCAGAGCCCAUGGAGGAUGACAAAGAUCAGUCUCCUCCACCAGCAACACCAAAGCAAGACCAAGCAACUGUUCCUGAUGAGGACCCCAAAAUGGUGCCCACUUUGGAUGCUUCUGACACUACUGGUGCUGAAGUAAAGGGUGCUUCACAGAAAGCUGCCCCUUUUGUAAGAGAGACACGUCAGAGCUUUCAUUUAGGUUCAUAUGGAAGAGAAGACCCGAUGGAAAGUGUCAAGAUCAGUGGAUCAGCUGAAAGUGAAACACUGGAUGCAUCUGUCCCCAUCAGUCUUGCCCCAACCCUGCCCUCUCCAAUGUCUCGUCCAGAGAAGAAGACCUAUUGCUGUGCAGAAUGUGGAAAGGAGUAUGCCAGUCGCAGUGGACUGAAGGGGCACAUGAAACACCAUGGGGUGGUAACCAAAUCGGCACGGCCAUCAGGAAGGAGUAGUCGUUCUUCUGCUGACCAGCCUCAGUCUUCUUCCUUAAACAUUCCUGCCACUAGGAGCUCAGCGGGCUUCUGGAACCAGUACCAGGCCUUCCUCAAUACCAGUAAUGAGUCAAGUGAUAACCCAACUGAUGGCAACCAAGGAGAGAACGAGGUAGCACAGUCUGCAAAAUCACCUGUUCAGUCUCAGAUGGAUCCAAGAGGCGCUGAUGAAACUGGGGAAGAGUCUGGCGAAGGGUCCUAACUUGAGUCAGUGUGAUAGGCCUGAUUGUGUUCUGGUGUUUUCAAUCAAUGUUUACUUUUUGGUGAAACCGUAUGGGCAUUUGCGUAGUAUUGCUUCCUUAACACAUUUUAGUAGCCUGUCAGUUUGAUAGUCAGAGUAAUAUGUUUGUAUGUGAAAGUUGUGAGUCAACCAGCUUGGUCCUGUGUUAAAAAAGAGACAGCUAUUGUAAAAAUAAAAUUGCAAAUAUUCAAGAUGUGACAAAGUGAGUCCAGUUUUGCUGGAUUUAAUAAAAAUGUGACAUAACAUUUGUCUGGCUGAAGUUGUCAAUAGCUUGAUGCACUUUCCAACAAAAAAUGUCCCUGUUGUAUCAAUGUUUCAUAUCAGACCUGGGUCAAGUAUUUUUUGUUUUAGUUACUUAGAGAUGAUAGGCAAGGUUUAACACAAUGGAACAAAUUUGAUAUGAGCAGCUAAUGAGUGAGACACAGAGAAUUAAACCUGAAGAAAUAAGCAAAUUGAUCCAACUGGCACCAAAGGAGGCUCAAGCUAACCAAAAGAAAAUGUCUUAAUGAAUGCAUCCUAACCUGUGUCUGUUUCAUAUUUGUAAAAGUCUUUCCCUAGGUUUGCGAGGGAACUGUUAUUAACAAGGAAAAUAGAAAACAGCAAAAAUGUUUUGCUUUUUUUGUUUUUUGUUCUACAGAUUUAUAAAACCUUGUUUUGCUUUGCAAGAGAAACACAAACUGAAAGUGCAUCCAUGGGGAGUAUUAGGUCUGUUGUCCACCAUAUUGUGGUUGAAAGAAACUACUCACUCAAGUUGUUGUGGUUUACUUUUCACCAUAUUGUCCUGUCUAACUAGAAGCACAGCUGCAAUGUUUGUGAACCCAGUAAGGACAUGGUCUUUUGUGUGCCCUUUGACCUUCAGCUAUGUGUGUAUUAUGAUUGUUGUUUGGUCCAAAAGUAUUGUGUAACACUUUUUUCAGUUACUAAAACUUAAGUUUCAAUAAAUAUCUGAAGUCUAUGUCUGUUUGUUGUAAAAUGUACUUUCAGUAUCUCUGUAUUAAAACCAGUUUGGCAAAACAAAAUCUA